AUUUGGCCAUCAAAAUCCAAAGAUCGUCCAUUUCUAUUGGGACCCAUUUCCAUGCUCACUUCUCGCUCUCGCAUUCUCUCUCAAAAAUAUCUCAACUUUGCAUCGUUAUCUGCUUCUUUUUUAUUAUCAAAACAGUCAUCUUUCAAUUCCAAGCAAACCCUUUUGCCAUCUUUGCAUAACUCACCUGUUUCUUUACAUUCUCAGUCAAUCAAAGCAGGGGUUUCAAGGCGUUUUUUGGGUUCUGUAAGAUUCAGUCAUUCAAUGGCUAGCCAAUCCAGUCCUCAAUCUGCUCAUGAUUUCACUGUUAAGGAUGCUAAGGGAAAUGAUGUUGACCUCAGCAUUUAUAAGGGGAAGGUCCUCUUGAUUGUCAAUGUUGCUUCACAAUGUGGCUUGACCGAUUCAAACUACACGGAGCUGACCCAGCUAUAUGCAAAAUACAAGGAUCAAGGUUUGGAGAUUCUGGCUUUUCCGUGCAAUCAAUUUGGAUCCCAGGAGCCUGGGAGCAGUGAAGAGAUUGUGGAGUUUGCUUGCACUCGCUUUAAGGCUGAAUAUCCCAUAUUUGAUAAGGUUGAAGUGAAUGGUAACAACGCUGCUCCAAUUUACAAAUACUUGAAGUCUAGCAAGGGUGGACUUUUUGGGGACAACAUUAAAUGGAAUUUUUCCAAGUUCCUGGUAGAUAAAGAAGGCAAAGUUGUGGAUCGUUAUGCUCCCACUACCUCCCCUCUUAGCAUUGAGAAAGAGGUGAAGAAACUUCUGGGGAUUGCUUAAUUGCUCAAUGCUUGGUUUGCUUAAUCGGCUAUGGAAAAAAUAAAAGAGUACGCUGCACUACUAUGAAUAAACACCAUGUAGUUGAUGCUGGGGGUGUAUUUAUCUGGUCUUUUUCACUUUUGUGAGCUUGUUAAGACAUGAAUUAUAGUUAAUCUUCAGAAUUCAGUUUCCAACUUUAUACUAA